AAUAAAAAAGAGAAAGAAAUGUUGUCUCCAUUCGGCUCAUCAACUCCUGCCUUCUCCAGUUCAAGCUUCGGCUCUUCAUCUUCUACUCCAUCAAUCAAUCCAUUCGUCUUUUCAUCUUCUGCCUCCUCCGGUUCAAGCUUAUUCGCUGGACUCCCUUCAUCAACUUCAAGCUUAUCUGGAACAACUGCUGGUUGGGGGGCUCCAAAUCCUUUCCAAUCAUCACCCAGUAGAAGGUUUUUAUACCCUUCUUCUUUCUCCCGUAGAAGGUGUUUAAACCCUUCUUCUUUCUCCCGAAGAAGCGCAAAGUCAACUGUCACUACACCCGUGAACGAGAAACCAUUGACGGAUACUGAAGAUGAUUUGAGAAAGAGAAUAAGUUUCUUAAGUGGAUUUAUGGUGGCUUUCAAGGACCAAAUUCACACCGAUAUAAAGCUUAAGCCUAACAAUGGCCCCUGCAUUUCAGCUCACAAAUCUUUACUGGCAGCAAGAUCAGAAAUCUUUAAGAACAUACUAAGCUCAGACAACUGGAAGGCUCAACCGACCGAUACUGAUACGAUCACACUAUCAGAGUUAAGCACCGAAGAGCUCGAGUCCCUCCUAGAGUUUCUUUACACUGGGGAUUUGCCUACCGAUAAGUUUAAGAAUCAUGUUUAUGCGUUAUGUGCUGCAGCUGAUAAGUAUGAGAUUCCGUACUUACAAGAGUCGUGCGAGCGAUACAUGCUGAAUUCCUUGAAUGCAUCAAACGCUCUCGAUGUUUUAGAUAUAUCGAUUUUGUAUUCGAAGAAGAAACUGAAGGAAACAACUUUGAACUUCAUCGUCCGGAACAUGAAGAGCAUAGUUUCGUCGCAGAAGUAUGAAGAAUUUGCAUCCAGCAACCCCCAUCUUUGUGUUGAGGUUUCAAGGGCGUUUGUUGAAGCCAAAUUUUGAUGGAAGAGAUGGGAAUGGUAAUAACAUGCAGCCAAUGGUAUGGGAACAAUGUCUAAACAUCUAUGUAACUAUGACUUUUAGAACAAAUGAUCCUUUUUGAUGAAUCGCAGUAUUAGUCUGUAUGUCGAUAUUGACCAAAUACUUUCAUGAAUUUGGUAUAUAUACUAAAAGGGAUGUUGUUGGA